AUGGCACCCUUUGUUAGUCCAAAGACAUGGUUCAACAAACGCGGAGGUAGUGGUAGUGGUAGUGGUAGUGGAUCCAAAAAGAAAAAGACUACACUCUCUACCACCACCUCGUCCUCCCUCACCAUGACCUCCUUCCCCCUCAACUCUACCAACUACCACAACAAAGAUCCCAUCUAUUAUACCGCUCCUUCAGCUACCACACCGACCACAGUCGACAUUGCCCUCGCACUUUCUAAACAGCGUGCCCUCUCCAGCAGCCCUAUUUCACCCUUUGGAACCACUGCUUCUGGUACCACAACCCUCGUAAACAGCAACAGCACGACCACCAACUACCCUUCUGGGCGAUACAUGGGCAAGGAUGCUCCCAUGCUUUCACCGACUUCUUCGGCAGGAAGCAACGGUACCGCUUCUGUCUCUCUUCCACACCUGCCCUACAACCCUGCACUCUUUGGGACAACUCAACUCAAUACUAUUUCCAGCCCUGAACAAAGUUACAUUCCUCGCACAACAUAUAAGCCGACCCCCUCUCGAUCUGUUACCGCGAGUGACGACACCCCUGCAGCAGAAGUUUCGAACCCCUGCCACAAGGCACAAAAAGUACAAGAGCUUCAAAAUCGCAUCCUUCACCAGCAUACGCCUCCCCCCAAACCCAUCUCACCCCAGCCGCUCCCACUCCCAGCAGAUUCCCAAUCAAUACAACUCGCGAAUCUGUCGACCACCAAGGAGACUACCAAGGGCUCAGCGCGCGCACGGUGGUACCUGAAUCGUGCCCGGACCAAUCGCAACAAGAGCGCCCAGGACCUGACCCAGACACAAGACCACCAGAUUCAAGAACAGCAGCAGCAGAAGCAGCCAGAGCAUCAAUUGGAACGUCAGUCAUCCCGGGGCACAUUCAAAGGCAUGGCCGCAAGAUUCCGUCCUUCCAGCGAGCAUGUUCGUGCGCUGGAGACAGUGGCUCAAGAGUACGCACGAACGAUCAAGGCGUUGUGGCAGAUGGUCGCGGAGGAGGAGCUGUCUCAAAGACUCGCCGAUGCGACGCCCGAGGAACGCGAGUGGAUCAUCCUCCACCACAGCAACCACAGUGAGACCAGCACCCUUGCCAGUUGCUAUUACAUCCCCAACCAGCUCCUUAAUGCCAAUGCCUCGAGGAACCCCUACAACAGGUUCAGUCGCGAGAGUAAUAGCUCUGAGGAUAGUCGCAACAGCGGAGGCAAUGGCUGCUGCGCUGCCUCCAGCUGCAACAGCCGAUGCAACAGUCGUCUUUCCUAUGUGGAGCCCACCUACAACAAGAACCAUUAUACCCACCACAGCCAGUCCGACCAUUUCCAGGCACCGCCACUCUCUCCCAUCCGUGAGUCCCAACAUGUCCACGGCAGCCCUUCCUCUACCAAGCCCGAGACUUUCGAGACCGCGCCCCAUCACCCUCAGCCUACUACCAUGGGUAUCCGCUCCACCUUCCAAGAAUCCCGUCGCGUUCAUCCCGACCCUCAGUCCUCGCCUGCCAGCAAGGACAGAGAUACAGACAUGUUCAACAACGACGACGACAGCAACGCCAUCCAAAGACGAGCUGCCAAGAUCUCUGACAUGGUUAAGCAGUCUGCGAUGGAGCUCCAAAAGCAUGACCACUACACCCUCCAACAGAGGAUCGACAUGGAGGAGGACUGGAGGCUGCAAGCCAAGCUCCUCCAGGGCAAUGUCGAGGCCGCAGUACGAAUCCAAUACAGCCGUGAACAACACAACAGCUUCUGCGCCGUCCACCGCCAUACCAAGUUCCCCGAGUACGAGCCCCCAGAGGAAGACUACGACGACAAGGAGGAAAUCUCUGACAAUGAUCCUCGACUGAUGUCUAGCAUCCUCAGUGCCGCUGCCGCCCUCGCGUCUGCACAAGGAGUCGAUCCAGAGAAGGUUGCAAAGUACGAAGAGACCGGCAUUCCAGCACGCAGUCGUAGGGACUAUGAUGAUAUCGAAAAGGAGCUCGAGCUCCUGGGUGUGUUGCGGUACGAGACUGGUACUGAGAGUCAGCUCGGUAGUGCGUUUUCGGAAGGCGAGGAGACAUCCUCCGAGGGCGUCGCUGACCCAGAGGACCCUGAGACGAUGUUGGGCGUUGCGCACAAGGUUGGCGUCUUUGGUGUCCGUCGCGAGAGCCGGUUGAUGUACCAUGUCCGUGAUGGACCUCGCCAGACUGUUGAAGUUGUCUAG